AUGCAUGAAUAUAAACUUCACAAAGAGAUUGACAUGAAGUUGGGUGAUUGGGUUCUUUGUAAAAUUUACUACAAUGAUAGACACAGACAACAUCCAGAUAGUGAUCAUCAUCAAGAACAACAAGGUGGUGAACAAAGUGGUGAAGUAAUUCGUAAUGAAGGGUUGGCAAAUGCUGAACAAGAUCAUCAACAGCGGCCGCCUUUUCCAUUUUCUGAAAUAAUGUAUGACGACAACAAUCAAAAUCAUCAACAUCAAGGUGGUGAAGUGAUUCGUAGGGAAGGGUUGGCAAAUGCUGAACAAGAUCAUCAACAAUGGCCACCUCUUCGAUCUUGUGGAAUAAUGUACAACAACAUUUAUGUUCACCAUGGCAUGCCAAGUUCUUCUGACUGUGCAUUUGGUUUUGAUGGUGCUCAUUGA